GCCUAUACAAACCACAUGGCUCUCUGGUCGCCACAGGAGUCGACACCGACUCGACUGCACAACUUUAUAUUUUUAGCCGUUAGGGAAUGGAGCCCCUCUCAGCCACAAAACGGCUGUGUUUGGGAAGGGCAGCAGGCGGCGCUGGACGCAGAACAGGGAGCGAGAGCGCGGCGCCCUGGCGGCGGCGGCGGCGGAGGAGGAGUUUCCCGUUUUUAUUUAUCUUUCCCGAGAAUCGAAAGUGAAAGCUCGCCCUUCGCCUCCGAAGUUUUAGACAUGGCCGGCCUUCUUCCCCAGCUGCUAGUCCAGGUUUCCCCUGUGGACAAGUUCGUGGAGAAGCUGGAGAUGAAGCUGGAACUCUACUUCCAGUCCCAGAGGCGCUCCGGGGGCGGAGAAUGCGACGUCGAAACCCAGGACCGUGAACGGGGCGUCUACCGGGUACAGUUCCAGUCGGAGGAAGUAAAAAACCGAGUGAAGGCACAAGAGCACCAUUUCAUAGAGAUUAAUGACACAACUCUGAAAAUAAGCAUCCUGCCAGAUUCUGAGAAGAUGGAUACUGCGGAAGGGUCAUCUACAAAUGACUUGAUAAACCUGACUGGAAGCCCACUUCCUCCUUCAAGGACUCCAGGACAUCAAAAUAGUUUUGACGAGCAGAAACCUCGUGAAAAAUAUGCAAGUCUCCAUGAAAGUAUUUCUAAAAAGAUAUUUCUUCAAGUGUCUGCCACUUUGAAUACUGACUUGCUACCAAAAGAGGAGAGAGAGCAAGUGACUACUCUGUUUCCCACUUUAAAAAUAGACAAGGCAUCAAGCAAGCUUGGCAUAGAAAAGGUGACUGGAGAUUACAUCGAUAUUGAAAAGUUGCACCAUUAUUUUGAGAGUUACCUUGGAUACUUCCAGCGCAGCAGUAGAUUUUCACACCAUAAAAGAGAAAAUGGUUUGGAAGAGAUGAAUGUGGAGGAAGACGGAGGGAAAGGAAGAGAGAAUGUUCAAGAUAGAGAGUUUGAUAUGGAAGUUCCAUCAGCUGUCUUUGAGUACUUUGGCCAUACCUGUCAGGAAAAAAUAGAAGAGUUGUGGCAAAAGUUUAAUGUAAAGUUGAUGAGUAAAGAACGUGGUGAUGGAUUGACUUCUAUACGAUUCACUGCUGAUGGAAAUCCUCGCUUCAUAGAGAAAGCUCAGCAGAUUUUUGUCACAGAUUUUCAGAAAGUCGCAGCAGAUUUGAAACAGGAAACUGUUUCUUUCCCCGACCAUCAGCAGUGCACUAAAGCAUUAGAGAUGUUAAACACCAAAAGUAAAAGUGUCCUUGUUAAAAGGAACAAAAAUGAAUUAAUUCUCCGUGGCCCUUCAAGGGAGAUUGCAGAUGCUAAAGAAUUUAUGGAAGAAAUGAGGGAAGGAAACAUAAUUAAAAGUGCCGUUCACUCUGUGAAGAAUGGCAUUGAAGUUGUUACAAAUGUGUUUGAAGUCCUGGAACCCAAGUUGGCUAAAGAAAUUGAAGCUAUAAACAAAAAGUAUGAUACUGCAAUAGACAUAAAACCCAGUCUGAAUCGCCAAACAGCACGCAUCCUGUUUAAGCCUAAGAAGAAUAAGCAUUCAGAUGGGCCUUCACAAGCAUAUGAGCGCUUCUGUGGUGCUUAUCAGAAGGCCUUAACAGAGCGCAUAGAAAGAGUCCUCCCCUUGGAUUCAUCAAAGGAGCAGAAAAUAAGACUGGAUGCAUUCUUUCCAAACCUAGAGAAAGAAAACCCCAGAAUACGUUUUGAAAGGAAGAACAAUAAGCUGAUCUUGUUUGGCUUGCCAAAUGAAGUGUGUGCUGCUGAACAGCACAUCCGGAAGUUCCUGAACUUUGGUGCCCAAACUCUUCCUUCAAGCGUACAAGCCGUUCACAUGUCUAGCUUUGGAGCAACAUCAGAAAUAUCUCCUGGGCAGAACCAGGACCGCAAAAUGUUUGGGUUUGCGUCCCAGGAGCUGCCUGAUGCAAAGGCAAUAGGAGUCAAACAGGAAGAGGAGGAGGAGGAGAAGUGCUCUAUCUGCAUGGAUAGAAUCCAGCAAAAAGAAGUGCUGCCCAAAUGCAAGCAUGAAUUCUGUAAGAUGUGCAUUAGAGCGGCCAUGGAAUACAAGCCAGCCUGCCCUGUAUGCAACAUGUUCUAUGGGCAGAUAGAAGGGAAUCAACCACCUGGGACAAUGAAGACCGUUAGAGAUUCAAGUCCACUUCCUGGUUACGAAGGAUAUAAUACAAUAACCAUUGAGUAUGUCAUACCUGGUGGCAUUCAAACGAAAAGCCAUCCAAAUCCAGGAAGAAGCUUCUAUGGAACAAGACGGACAGCAUAUUUACCUGACAGUAGUGAAGGGAGAGAAGUUUUGAAGCUGCUUCAACAGGCCUUUCACCAAAAGUUGAUUUUCACGGUGGGCCAGUCACGUACAACUGGUGUUAAUGAUGUCAUUACCUGGAAUGACAUUCAUCACAAAACUAGCAAAUUUGGAGGGCCAGACAACUUUGGCUAUCCUGAUCCUCAUUAUCUGAAACGUGUCCGAGAAGAACUGAAGGCAAAAGGAAUUGAAUGAGUAUUUUUAAGUCAACCAUUCAAAAUCUGUACCUGCCAAAAUAUAUACUGUUUAAUUGAACACGUUGAUGAAGAUGUGUUGAAAUUAACUUGUUUCAAUGUAAAAUUCUGAAUUUAAAAAAAUAUUUGCUGAAUAUCAGUGUUCUGUUUGGACUGCAAAGUCAUGCUGAAAUCUUCUUUAGGACUUUUAACUCAAGGUGUUGAACCAAGAACAUCUGUUUCAAAAGAACAUUUAAUGUUCAAAUAAUUGUGCCUUGGUUUGAAGUAGAUCCAUAUACGGUCAAUCUCCAACCCUCUCCCCCGCCCGUGAUUACUUCUUUUAAAAUAACCUCUUUGAACAAAAGUUUGUAGAAUUGGACUCUUGUCAAAUGCAAAACUAAGAGGACAUCACAUGUCAGCAUAUAAUCUUGCAUGUUAGUACCUGAUAAUGUAAUUGUAGAUUCUAUUGAGUGUAAUGUGUAAUUAUAGUGGGGCACUAGUUCACAGUCUGGUAUAAUGCUAACACAGAAAGCAACAUUCUGGAAUCAGCAACCAACUACCCACAAAAGCUGGCUUUUGCCUUUAUAGGGAAGAAGUUUGCUAAUUUAUUGUCUAGCACUGAAAGCAGUGCAGCUGGUUGUUAAUUAAAAUCUUCCUAGCAGGA